GGAAUAAAACAGCUCACCAUGACAUUUCAGUGACGUACAGUGACGUUUCUGACGUGUCCAUAUUCAAAAAUUGUAAAACUUACAUACAUAUUUUUGUUUAUUUUUGCGGAUUUGUUAGCAUUGAAGAUGAGGAAGCUGAAGGGUCCCGUCAAAGAGACAGCUAGGCAGAAAAGGGAAAGAAAACAAGAAUUCGCGAAAAUGCGAAAACAAAUACAUACGAUUGUGUUACCAACUGUCGUUGUAAUAUUUUUAUUAAUUUGUGUGUACGUGUACAUUAAAACGCGACCGUCGACGAUGCACGACGCAUAGCAGUAACUUUAUUAUGUAAAUAGAAUAUACAUUCUUGACUUAUUCUGGGGGUGGUUUUUCAAGUUGUGAUUGGGACUCAAUGUGGUAGCAAGUGAGAGACUUUGUGCUAUAUGUUUAUACUAUGUUUAUUACAGAAACAUUCCAAGUUGUACCAAGCAUAUCAAGGUGUUGUUUAAUAAAAAUAUUUAUUGAAAUAAAAACAAAAAAAAAUAUGUUUUUUUUUAUUCGCAAUUUAAGUGUAAUAUAUUCUACUUUAUAUCACAUAGUUAUUAAGGUUGUUAUUGUUAGUACAAAUUUGAUUUAAAUAAAUAAAAACACUUCAUCAAACUUGCAAAUAA